AUGUACAGUUUUGCAUCAGUUGUUAGCAACCCGUUUUUCGAUACUACCGCCGGGCAACGGGAAGAGACGAGUCUUUUCUUAACGCAAAGCUACGUGGUCUUUUACCUUGCCUGCCUCUUUGGAGCUAUGCGCCAGUCCUGCUCUCGAGGUGCUAUAAUUAUCAAGCAAGAACAAGGUGUGCGGAAUCGAGACCAAUUUAACGCUCAUCUUGCCUCAGAUGCGGAAUUUGCAAAAACAAUGACGAUGAGGACUGGUCAGCCUCGUACCCGAUUCUGGAGUCUUCCUGGGCAAAGCCCGCCCGCACUGUCAGCAGCCAGCCACCCGGACCCCACGCUGUGGCUUGUUAGGAGCACACCCCUGUGGUUUUCUCCCCUUGCUCUGGACUCAACUCUCGGCAGCGAUCCACUGGAGCGCGCCUUUCACGAACUGCCCUCUGAGCAACUCCGUUAA